GUUGCUUCUGAAACGAGCUAGAGGGGGCGCUAAAGCGCUACAUCAACGCAAUAACAAGUGUAAAACGCCAAACAUGACGUCUCCCCGAUGCUGCCUGUUAUUUCUCAUCCACCGCAUCACUCUCGGAUUGGAGCGAGCCGACAUCCCGACACCGCUUCCCCACUUUGCCGAGUCUCUCUGCCGUUGAUGUCCACCCCCCUCCCCGGUUGUAGUCGGAUCCCGCAAUCAUCCAUCGUGAGUGAGGAAACGGUAUGAGCGGCGUCCGGAGCUGACGUGACUCGGUGUCUCCCCGCAGAUCAGAUGAAGUGAACUGACCCCCACGCCCUCCGCAGUCCUGACCGGGCACCUGCACUGAGCAGGCGGCGGAGCAGAACCGCACGCUGAUCGGAGGACGGGUGAGGUGGUUUUUCGGUCUGGCGCCGCCUCCCCCUGGGGCCGGCGUGCGCUCCCAGCAGCCCGUGGUGCCCUGUGCCCCGCCCUCGCCGUCACUGCCCGCCAGAGUCCAUGUGCCGGGGGGAAGUGCGGUUCGUCCGCCAGGAGCCAUGUGCCUCCCGCACACCAACAGCAUGGACAGCAAGCUACAGGGGGCGGGGCCAGGGGGUGACGCAUCACUUCAAUCCCGAGGAGGAGGCGUUCCACUCGAGCCCUUCAUGCAUCAGGUGGGGGGUCACACCAGCAUGAUGCGCUACGACGACCACACAGUGUGCAAGCCUCUGAUCAGCAGGGAGCAGCGCUUUUAUGAAUCUCUGCCUCCGGAGAUGAAGGAGUUCACCCCCGAGUAUAAAGGCGUGGUGUUGGUGUGCUUCGAGGGCGACUCCGACGGCUACAUCAACCUGGUGGCCUACCCAUACGGCGAGAGCCACAGCGCCGAGGCGGGGCCCGGCGAGCACGAGGAGCGCGAGCCGGCCGAGCGGGAGCAGCCGCGGCGGAAGCACUCCCGCCGCAGCCUCCACCGCUCGUCCUCGUCCUCGGAGCACAAGGAGGAACGCGGCGAGCGUCGGGAGGCGCACGACGCAGAACCCGCUGAGAAUAACAUGGCCGAGCUGAAGAGUCCGAGGUCGGAUCAGAAGAUCCACCUGGACCUCCCCUUCCAGAUGCUGGACUGGAACAGCGGGCUGAGCUCGGAGAAGAUCAGCCACAACCCCUGGAGCCUCCGCUGCCACAAGCAGCAGCUCAGCCGCAUGCGCUCCGAGUCCAAAGACCGCAAGCUCUUCAAGUUCCUGUUGCUGGAGAACGUGGUCCACCACUUCUCCUACCCGUGCAUCCUGGACCUGAAGAUGGGCACCCGGCAGCACGGCGACGACGCCUCCGAGGAGAAGGCGGCCAGGCAGAUGAGGAAGUGCGAGCAGAGCACCUCGGCGACGCUGGGGGUGCGCCUGUGCGGCAUGCAGGUGUACCAGCUGAACACGAGCCACUACCUCUGCCGGAACAAGUACUACGGGCGCGGCCUGUCGGCCGAAGGAUUGGGCCAGGCCCUGCAGCAGUACAUGCACAACGGGCGGGGCCUGAGGCGGGACCUCUUCGAGCCCAUCCUCCACAAGUUGCACAGCCUCAAGGCGGUGCUGGAGCGCCAGGCGUCCUACCGCUUCUACUCGUCCUCGCUGCUCAUCAUCUACGAGGGAAAGGAACUCGAAUCUCCUGCUGGUUUGAACUCUGGGCAGCUUCUCAGCAGGCAGAAGACUCCCGGACCCUCCGACGAGUCCCACUGCGGUCAUCCCGGGCCCUUCACGGAACCACCUCCCGCACCUCCAGUAGGAGACACUCCCCGCAUCGAGUCCCAUCCGGACUCCUCUUCCUGUCCCCCGCCCGCCUCGUCCCCCCCGCCACCGCCGCCCUCCGCCCCCUCGCCCCUGCCGAACCCGCAGCCCCCCCUGGUGGACGUCCGCAUGAUCGACUUUGCCCACUCCACCUUCAAGGGUUUCCGCGGCGACACGGCGGUCCACGACGGACCCGACCGGGGCUACGUGCUGGGCCUGGAGAGCCUGAUCAGGAUCCUGGAAGGUCUCCGGGCCGAAAGCCUGCAGUGAACACUCGGGUGGAAAUCCAGAAGUCGAGGUUUCCAUCCUUCACCACACCACCACCACCACCACACACUCACUCCCCAAGUUACAGUGUCACCAUGGCAACACUUGUCACAAGUGGACAAACGAGCCCCUUUUACGCCGCCUGUAAAAGCAAACAUUAGUCAAUCCUUAUUCAGAAUUUUUGUUGACCUUUGCAGGAAGUAUCACAGGCCGCCAAUGUUUCACACCUGACACUUGGUUCUCCCAUCGUGGUUGUAGCGAGGUCCCGCUCGGCCGUGUUCCGGGCACGGUCACGUUCUGUAUCUUCCGUUAAUGGCUCCGACUUUGCAGGAGAAUGAAAGAUGGAAUUUUUCUGCCCGUUUUGUGUAAACGGCGCCAAUCUCGGCUGGCAGUCUUCAGCUUUCAGGGUUCGAGCUGCUUAUUUAACAAAAAAAAAAAAGAAGAAGAAGAAACUGGGAUCGUGGAACAAGAAUGUGACUCUUCACAGACAGCUGUGGAAAUAUUCAAUUUUUUUGGAGUGCGGAUACAUUUCAGAUCUGCGGUUACAGCUGUGAUUUUUCAGUGGGGGGGUAAAAAAAAAACUUUUCACACCAGGUGUGAAAUUUUACAGCCGACUUGAAUUUCUCCCGCCUGGUCGUCGACGGUAUCAAAUCAUCUCGUUGUGGGUUAGCGUGUAGUGCCGUCGCAUUCAUCCCACUUUGAAAUUUCGCAAGACCUCAACCCUUUCACACGGAGAUGCUUCGAUCGGGGAGACGGAAUAGGGCGACGAAGGCGAUCCAUAAAUUUUACAUCUUUUUUUUUUUGCUACGGUCUUCUUUGUUUGUGGGAACCUGUUUCGUGCCGAUAUCUGAUCUUGGCUGUGUUCUGCGUGAAAUCCUCAGGCGGUCCAAUCUUUUGUUACUUUUUUGAUUCAGCAUCGCCGCAUCCUGUCAAUCAAAUUCUUCUUGCCACCUCGUUGUCAUGGAAAUGUUGCAGGGGGGCAUCUUUUGAAGCAAUAUUUUUUUUUUUUUCCUUCUUUAUUCUUCAUCAGGGAAGACGGGCGACUUACCCCCAGGGGGCGCCAAUGCAUACGUAGACCCAAGGAAUAGAUCUCGUGCUUGAUUUAUAAGAUGAAUAAUGUCCCUAGUUGGUGUCACUGAGAAACAUUACGCUCAUAUUUCCUUUUUGUCGUUUUUUUCAUCCUGCCGCACAUCAAUGUGCACUUCGCGUAGCGUUCCCUACUGAUGGAUGUCGAUUUAUUUACAGUCAGGUAGUCAGCUGAGCUCCAAUUUACUCAUUUUCAUCGCCGAGGUCGAAUUUUUAUCGUUUGCCGUCCUUAUCGGACCUGAAAAUUCAGUCACAGACGCGCCGUGCUUGAAAUGACGUUUCCUGGUCCCGUGAUGUCAUCACGCACUCGUCUUUGGGACCAAUCAGAUGUGAGCAUCCGAGGCCAUAACAACAGCUUGUUGACCCCCACCCAAAAAAAAGAGAGAGAUGGCAAAUGUUUUAUUUUUGGGGUUUAUUGAGGUGAUAAUUUAUUUUUUUAUUGUACCUUUUACCUGCCUGGUUGAAUGUCUUUUACGUGUCUCUCCCAAACUGUUAAAAAAAAAAUAUAUAAUUAUAUUCUCACAGAGUGACAUUUCAGGGGACUAUUUAGCAGUAUUAUUUUAUCAGCACUCGUCCGACACUCCAGCGCAAACACUUGACUUGCGCGCGCGCGUUCGUCGCCUCGCGUCACCUUUUGAACGCAGCCUCGGGGUGCGUUUGACGCGCUUUGUAAAAAAAGAAACAGUUUGUUGGUUUCUUGCGGCCCUUGUAGGACUUUUGGAAGGACCAAGGUUCCCCACCCCGCUUUCAGACGUCACAUGAGCCGACCUCAACCCACACACCUGGAUUUUGUCAUGUAUGUUACUUGCAUUUAUUUUCUACAGCUGACACAAUCCCGAACGGUUUGGUAGAACAGUGACAGUGAGAUUAAAAGUUUCCAGAUGG